AGCCGCACAGUGACCCUGCCCUCUUUCCCGGUCUCCACUAAUAUUCCGCUCCCCGUCCUCUCCUCCCCCAUGCCGGCCGGCUCAUUAUAUCAGCGCGCACAAUGCAAGCUGCUUAGGCCUUGUUUGUGGCAUCGUGAGGGUGUGGCCUAGCUGAGCUGGGGCGUGCUGAUCAGCAGGCGGCAGAGCUGAGAGAGAGCUAGCGGCUGUGCGAGAGCGAGAGCAAAGCUCGGAGAGGGGAGGAGGAAGGAGAGAUCGUCAUGGGGAGGGGACGGGUUGAGCUGAAGCGGAUCGAGAACAAGAUCAACCGCCAGGUGACCUUCUCCAAGCGCCGCAACGGCCUGCUCAAGAAGGCUUACGAGCUCUCCGUGCUCUGCGACGCCGAGGUCGCGCUCAUCAUCUUCUCCAGCCGCGGCAAGCUCUACGAGUUCGGCAGCGCCGGAAUAACUAAGACAUUAGAAAGGUACCAACAUUGCUGUUACAAUGCUCAAGAUUCUAACGGUGCACUCUCUGAAACUCAGGGCUGGUACCAGGAAAUGUCAAAACUGAGGGCAAAAUUUGAGGCUUUGCAACGCACGCAAAGGCACUUGCUUGGCGAGGACCUUGGCCCACUGAGCGUGAAAGAACUGCAGCAGCUAGAGAAACAGCUAGAAUGUGCUUUGUCCCAGGCGAGACAGAGAAAGACACAACUUAUGAUGGAGCAAGUAGAGGAGCUUCGCAGGAAGGAGCGUCACCUGGGAGAAAUGAACAGGCAACUCAAGCACAAGCUCGAAGCUGAAGGUUGCAGCAACUACAGAAACUUGCAGCAUGCCGCCUGGCCAGCUCCCGGCGGCACCAUCGUGGAGCAUGACGGCGCUACAUAUCAUGUGCAUCCGCCUGCUCACUCAGCUGCUAUGGACUGUGAACCCACUCUGCAAAUCGGGUAUCCUCAUCAUCAGUUUCUGCCUUCCGAGGCAGCCAAUAAUAUUCCACGCAGCGCCCCCGGAGGCGAGAACAACUUCAUGCUGGGAUGGGUUCUUUGAGUUCCCCUAUUGCAUCCAUCAGAUGAAAGUGGCAACAAAUAAAAGGCAUAUUCAGCGCUAUAUGUGCAUAUCCAUGCUCAGUGCUGGAUUUGCCGCCAUCUUUUAAAUUUGCUGUUCUGGUGUGUAAGAUCUAAUUAAGAACUGCACCUUUAUUCUAUGUGAUUGUAUUGUGGCACUUUUAUAUUUUUGUGCAAGGCCAAGAAUCUUGUAAAAAUACUUCUGUGCUGCCGGUGCAUGCAAUCCAAAAUUAUCUCUACCGGUACGUAUUAUAUCUGCUCAU